AUGGCUGAUGCCACUGCAAGAUCACUACAAUAUGAUUACCGAGCGAAUUCUAACCUCGUUCUCCAAGCUGAUAUCUCAUUGCUGGAAAAGCGCGGGAGGGAUGAAUCAACUGGUGAAGUUACUUCGCUCUCUGGCCACCUCGUCGGAACAAAAAUGGGUGAUAAAGCCCAAAGAGCGAAACCUCCAACAGCAGAAGAAGCAAAACCAAAGCGGCGUAAGAUCACGUCCGAGAAGCGACAAGAUAUCCUUAAAUCAAAGCAAGCUAGUUUAUUAUCCUCUGAUCUAUUCGACAUGCCAAAUAUCUAUAAACCCAAGACGAGAGCAACAAAGAGCACUUACGAACUGAUGCUAAAUAUUGUUCAAGGAUCACUUGGAGAUCAACCUCGAGAAAUUUUAGUUGCUGCCGCUGACGAAGUGCUAGCAGCAUUAAAAAAUGAUAAAAUGAGGGAAACUGAAAAAGCUCAGGCAGUUCGAUCACUGCUAGGCUCUAUUCUAGACGAACGUUUUUCCAUGUUAUUGAAUUUGUCUAAGAAAAUCUCAGACUAUGGAGAAGAAAAGGAAACUGUCGAAAGAGAAGAAAACCUUGAAGAAACUGGUGUUGCUAUACAAUUUGAUGAAUCUGAUGAUGAAGCUGAAGAACGGUAUGACGAUAUCAAAGACGAAGAUUCUGAAGAAGAAACCGAAGGAGUGGAAGCCGAAUUUAGUGGUACGUUGCACAAAGGUGGAAGAGCAGACGACAGUAGCCUUGAUCAAGAGACCUCGCGGGAUUGCAUUGAGCCACGCAGCAUUGACGCUUAUUGGUUGCAGCGUGAACUUAAUAAAGCUUAUGGUGAUCAUAUGGUAUCCAAAAAGAAGGCUGAAGAAGUCCUUGAUAUUUUGCAGAAUGCUGGCGAUGACCGUGAAUGUGAGCACAAAUUGGUUAUAGCUCUUGGAAUUGACCAGUUUAAUUUUAUCCGAAUUCUCCGCAAAAAUCGUAUGCCUGUAUUAUAUUGUACGUUACUAGCUCGUGCACAAUCGCCUGCUGAAAGGCAAGUCAUUGAAGCAAAAAUGAAAGAUGAUCCUAAAUUAGUGGAUAUAUUGCGAGCUUUAUCAGCUCUUGAUGAAGAAGAUCUCGUCCAAGAAGAAAAAAGUCGUAAACAAGCUGCCCGUGCUGCUAGAAUUGAGGCUGGCGUAACCAAUGAAGAUGCUAAUCAAGCCGCUGCAGUCGAAUCCAAGAGGAUGUUGUUACUAGAAGAUAUAGGAUUUUUUGAAGGCAGCCAUUUAAUGGCAAAUAAGAAGUGUACCUUACCUGAUGGGUCAUAUCGUAAAGCAAGGAAAGGUUAUGAAGAAGUCCAUGUUCCUGCAUUGAAGCCGAAACCUUUCGAUGCUGGAGAGACUUUGGUUCCUAUAAGUGUUCUUCCUAAAUAUGCUCAGCCUGCAUUUGAUGGGUACUCUAGUCUUAAUCGUAUCCAAAGUCGCUUGGUCGAUAGAGUUCUCAACUCUGACGAAAAUAUCUUACUCUGUGCACCAACGGGUGCUGGAAAAACCAAUGUGGCACUGUUAUCGAUUCUACGAGAAAUUGGAAAAAAUACUGACGAAGAUGGAACUAUAAAUACCGAGGCGUUUAAAAUAAUUUACGUUGCCCCCAUGAAAUCUCUAGUUCAGGAAAUGGUUGGCAAUUUUUCUAAGCGACUAGGUUCGUAUGGCAUUACCGUUAAUGAGUUGACUGGUGAUCAUCAACUAAGCAAGGAACAAAUGGAUAAAGCCCAGGUGAUCGUAUGUACUCCAGAAAAAUGGGAUAUAAUAACUCGCAAAAGUGGAGAUCGCUCAUUCGCGCAAUUUGUGAGCUUAGUAAUAAUUGACGAGAUACAUUUACUACACGACGAUCGUGGCCCUGUAUUGGAAGCGAUAGUGGCGAGAACAAUUCGUCAAAUAGAAAUGACUAAGGAGAUUGUAAGACUGGUUGGACUUAGUGCUACAUUACCGAAUUAUGAAGAUGUUGCUACAUUCCUACGUGUAAAGCCUUCGAAAGGCCUAUUCUUCUUUGACAACAGCUUUCGUCCAGUUCCACUUGAGCAAAAAUAUAUCGGAAUCACUGAAAAGAAACCAUUAAAACGAUUUCAGGCUAUGAAUGACAUUGUCUACGAUAAGGUUAUUGAACAUGCAGGCAAAAAUCAGGUUUUGGUAUUCGUUCAUUCCAGAAAAGAAACCGGAAAGACUGCUAGAGCCAUAAGGGAUUUGUGCCUUGAAAAGGAUACCAUAGGGAAAUUCUUGAGAGAAGAUUCUGCUAGUACGGAAAUUUUAAGAACCGAAGCUGAUCAGGUCAAGAACAAUGAACUCAAGGAAUUACUACCUUACGGAUUUGCUAUUCAUCAUGCUGGAAUGACAAGGGUCGAUCGUACGCUAGUAGAGGAUUUAUUUGCUGACAAACAUGUCCAAGUAUUGAUCUCGACCGCAACUCUCGCUUGGGGCGUAAAUUUACCCGCACAUACUGUUAUUAUUAAGGGAACACAGAUUUAUAAUCCAGAGAAGGGGCGCUGGGUUGAGCUGAGCGCUUUGGAUGUCUUGCAAAUGUUAGGUCGUGCGGGUAGACCACAGUACGAUGCUAUUGGAGAGGGUAUCGUGAUAACGAAUCAUAGUGAAUUGCAGUACUACUUAUCCCUAUUAAAUCAACAAUUACCGAUUGAAAGUCAAUUCAUUACUAAAUUACCGGAUAGUCUUAAUGCGGAAAUAGUACUUGGUACUGUUAAAAAUGCUAAGGAAGCGGCUAAUUGGUUGGGUUAUACCUACCUAUAUAUCCGUAUGCUUAGAAACCCUGUCUUGUACAGCAUUUCGAAUCAAGAAAAAGAAAACGACACUUUCCUUGAACAACGUCGCAUGGAUUUAAUUCAUACAGCAGCUUCACUAUUGGAUAAAGACAACCUAAUAAAAUAUGAUAAAAAAUCUGGCAAUUUUCAAAUCACUGAAUUAGGAAGAAUUGCUAGUCAUUAUUAUUGCAGCAGAGAAACGAUUUCUGCAUAUAACAAACACCUGAAACCGACCUCAACUGAAAUAGAGUUAUUGCGCAUCUUUUCCUUAUCCUCAGAAUUUAAGCACAUUACAGUGCGAGAGGAAGAAAAGCUCGAAUUACAGCGCCUAAUGGAAAGGAUUCCGAUUCCUGUCAAGGAAAGUAUCGACGAGCCAAGUGCAAAGGUCAGCGUAUUACUACAAGCGUAUAUUUCGCAACUAAAGCUUGAUGGGUUCGCUCUUGCCGCAGAUAUGGUUUUUAUAUCUCAAUCUGCAGGUCGAUUAAUGAGAGCUAUAUUCGAAAUUGCUUUGAGUCGUGGUUGGGCUCAAACCGUUGAUAAAGUUUUAAAUCUGUGCAAAAUGAUCGAUAGAAAAAUGUGGCAGUCAAUGAAUCCCCUACAUCAGUUUAAAAAGAUUCCCGUAGAUUUAGUUAGAAAAAUAGAGAAGAAAGACUUCCCCUGGGAACGCCUUUUUGAUCUCGGCCACAACGAAAUUGGAGAAUUAAUACGAAAACCUAAAAUGGGUAAAACGAUAUACAAAUAUGUUCACCAAUUUCCGAGGCUGGAUAUUAGUGCUCAUAUUCAACCCAUAACCCGCUCGAUGCUGAAGGUGGAGGUAUCAAUUUCGCCAGAUUUUCAGUGGGAUGAAAAAAUACAUGGAAAAUCAGAGGCUUUCUGGAUAUUUAUAGAAGAUGUCGAUGGUGAAGCAUUGCUCCACAGCGAGUAUUUUUUACUGAAAAGUAAAUAUGCUAGCGAAGAACAAGUUAUAAAGAUUUUUGUCCCGAUAUUUGAACCUCUUCCUCCACAGUAUUUUAUUCGAGUAGUGUCUGAUCGUUGGCUGGGUUGUGAAAGUGUAUUACCUGUAACCUUCCGGCAUCUAAUUCUUCCCGAAAAAUUUACACCGCCGACAGAAUUAUUGGACUUACAGCCUUUACCAGUAAAAGCAUUGCGAAAUGUUGCUAUUGAAAAGUUCUACAGUGAAAAAAAUUUGACUUUUUUUAAUCCUGUUCAAACACAAGUAUUUAAUGCGUUGUACAAUAGCAAUGAUAAUGUCUUCGUUGGGGCACCUACCGGCAGUGGUAAAACGAUAUGUGCUGAAUUUGCUAUAACGCGGCUUCUUAAUACCCAAAAUGACGGAAAAUGCGUUUAUGUCACGCCUUUCCAAUCACUAGCUGAAAAACUCUAUAUUGAAUGGAUGGAAAGAUUUGAAAAACGUCUCGGAAAAACGGUCAAUAUUUUGACUGGAGAGAUCAGCAUCGACAUAAAACGAUUAAGUACAGGCAAUAUAAUUAUCAGCACUCCCGACAAAUGGGAUAUACUUUCGAGAAGAUGGAAACAAAGGAAAGCUGUAUUAAAAGUGAAUUUAUUUCUAAUUGAUGAAGCUCAUCUUAUUGGUGGGGAAAUAGGGCCAUCGAUUGAAAUUAUUUGUUCUCGAAUGAGGUACAUCUCAUCGCAAGUUGAAGACCCAAUACGCAUUAUUAUGCUUAGUUCACCUAUUGCAAAUGCAUCUGAUUUGGCUCAGUGGCUUGGUGUCAGCAGUAGCUGCUUGUUUAACUUUCAUCCUAAUGUAAGGCCAACGCCGUUAGAGUUGCAUAUACAGGGGUUUCACACUACCCAUUCGCCAACCCGAUUUAUAACAAUGAUUAGGCCAACUUACAAUACGAUUUUGAAGUAUUCCCCUUCGAAACCUUGUAUUAUUUAUGUACCAUCUCGACGACAGACAAAACUUACGGCUCUUGAUAUAAUAACUUAUUGUACAGCCGACGGGGAUGCACAUCGGUUCUUACUUUGUCCAAUAGAAAAAAUUGAAAAUUAUCUUCGUCAUAUCUCAGACAGUACGUUAAAAGAAACUUUGUUGCAUGGCAUUGCGUAUGUACACGAAGGUUUGAGUGAUACCGAACUAAGAAUAAUCGAGCAACUAUAUGAUGCUUGUUACAUACAGAUUGUCGUUAUCUCUAGAAAAAUGAGCUGGAAUUUUAAUUUUGGAGCCCACUUGGUAAUUGUUAUGGACACCCAAUAUUACGAUGGUAGAAAUCACACGUACGUCGACUAUCCAGUAACAGAAGUCCUACAGAUGGUUGGAAAAGCUAACAGGCCAAUGAUUGAUAAUGCAGGUGUUUGUGUGAUCAUGUGCCAAACAUCGAAAAAGGAAUUCUAUAAGAAAUUUCUUUACGAACCAUUACCGGUAGAGUCCCAUUUACAACACUGCUUUCAUGACCAUCUCAAUGCUGAAAUUGUUACAAAAACAAUCGAAAACAAGCAAGAUGCUGUAGAUUACUUAACAUGGACUUUUAUGUAUAGACGAAUGACGCAAAACCCUAACUACUACAACCUGCAAGGGGUUAGCCAUCGACAUCUGUCCGACCAUUUAUCGGAAUUCGUAGAGACUAUCUUAGACGAUUUACAGCAAUCCAAGUGCAUUGCUAUUGAGGACGAUUUUGACAUUAGCCCGUUGAAUCUUGGUAUGAUUGCAUCCUACUACUAUAUCAAUUACAGAACAAUCGAGCUUUUCAGUAUGUCUCUUGCUGGCAAGACUAAACUACGCGGUUUAAUAGAAAUUUUGGCUUCGUCCGCCGAAUAUGAAAAUAUACCAAUAAGACGCCAUGAAGAAAGGAUUCUGGCCAAGUUAGCACAACGCGUCCCAUAUAAAUUGCCUGACCUGAAAUUUAACGACUCUCAUAAUAAGACGAAUCUUCUACUACAAGCUCAUAUGUCACGGAUACAACUACCUCCGGAGCUUCAAAUGGAUACUGAAGACAUUCUAAAUAAGGCUAUCCGUUUGAUUCGCGCAUGCGUUGAUGUCUUAAGCAGUAACGGAUGGUUAAGCCCGGCUUUAUCUGCCAUGGAAAUCGCUCAAAUGUUAACUCAGGCUGUCUGGAAUAAAGAUUCCUACCUUAAACAAUUGCCACAUUUCACAUCAGAAAUUAUUAAAUCAUGCACUGAAAAGGGCAUUGAAUCUGUCUUUGAUGUAAUGGACAUGGAAGACGGGGAGAGAAACGAUUUAUUACAACUCGAUGAUAAGCAGAUGCAGGACGUUGCAAGAUUUUGUAAUCGGUAUCCCAAUAUUGAUGUAUCUUAUGAAGUUGAAGACGAAAGCAAUAUUAUUAGCGGAUCACCAGCAACUGUGAAAGUUCAAUUAAGCAGAGAAGAUGAAGUUAGCGGUCCAGUAAUAGCACCAUUCUUUCCACAAAAACGCGACGAAGGCUGGUGGUUAGUUAUUGGGGAGUCUGAAGACAACAACCUGUUGUCCAUAAAACGACUAACAUUACAGCAGAAGGCCGACAUCAAGCUUGACUUUAUAGCAUCUGGACCUGGUAAACAUAGCCUGAAGCUUUUAUUAAUGAGCGAUUGCUAUGUUGGAUGCGACCAAGAAUUUAUCAUUGACAUUGUCGUUGGUGAAGAUAACGAAACGAAAAGCGAAUUUAUUAACGAAGAUUAA